CUGGAGCUGCACCAGAGAGCUCCAUGCAAAGCUGUGGUGCUGCUUGGGCUGGGUGACCCCACCCUUCCCACGGGAGAUGGUUUCCAAGGCAGGUUUCAUCAUAGACUGAGCCUUGAGUUAAUUUAAGUGAUGAUACAAAGCAGAACGCUGUCCUCUUGGCACAAGAGGGAGGAAGGCAACAAUGGAGGCAACAGCACCCUUUGUUUCUCCUGAGGACACAUAACAGUGAAGUUCUGCUAGGUGGAAAACAUCUCCAGAACUUGCUGUUGAAGGUCUUCACUCCAUCUUCUUCCACAAGUCCUUCUCAGGAGCUCUCAGAGCCAUUCCCUGGAUAGUUUAGUACUGCAGCAGCACCAAAGGCAGUGUUUUAUACCAGGCACCUAUCUCCGCUCUUCCCGUGUGUGCCUCCACGCUGCAUUAGAGGCUGGCGGAGUUUCUCUUUCAAGCAGGAACCCAACACCUUUGUUCUUUGUUCCUGCUUGCGUUAACACCUGUGUUAUGAUUUGAAUCCUCAUGACCUUUCCUUUCUCUGACCUGUAACAUCUGUGACUUCAGCUGUGAGGCCACAGACGGGGCAGGUUUGUCUGGUCCCAAACAUCUCCGCUAGCGCUUGAAACGUUGCCAGCACGUGUCCUGAAUUUGCUCGGUGUCUUUGCCUGUUGUUUUACCCUUCUCCCUUUAAUGUACUACUGCUUCAUCUGUGGUUUUUAGCUGAGAAGCAGUCUGACUCCUGGACCGCCUCCUGUAUCAAAAUAUGUCAGGUCUUCCAAGUGCUGCACUGGGGCAGUUUGGGGGCUUGCUGGGAGCAAGGUGCUGCUCAGGAGCUUGCAGCAUGCAAUGGUGUCUUGAUAACAACACCUCUUCCCGGGUGAAGAUCUCUGCCAGCACGAACCCAGGCUCUUCCUGGCACCUUCCCAAGAGGGAUUUGCUCACAGAUAAGAACAAACAAAGAGGGGGAAAGCACCCUUUUGGGAUGUGCUGCAGAGACUAGGGGGCCUCAGUUGGUCCCAAUCCAUGCAAAGCCCUGGGCUGAGUGAUGUCUUUAGGCAGCCAAGCUCUCCUUGAGACCAGCCUGGCAUGGAGCUCAAAUCCCAUUUGAACAGGGUUUGCUAUUGCGUCUGUCCUAAUGGGAAGCACUGUCGUCUGGGCACGUGGGGAGGAACUUGCAGGAAGAGCCGUCGUCACCUGGCGUCUGUCCAGGGCUCUGCUCCCAAAGCCCCAAGCGAGGAUGCAUGUCGGCUCUCGCUCCCUGACUUAGUAUGUACAAAGUUGGAUCGCGCCUUUCUGGACAGAGCAAAACGGGACAUGCAUCAGGAAGAGCCUUUCCCCCCUCAUUGGGAGCUGCAGGAAAAGAGCUGCAGUCUUGGAAGGAAGAUGAAGAGGCUCUUGAGCUGUUUCUGAAAUGCUGCUUUUCUUCAAGCUCGCUCUCCAGCCGGGCAUCUUGCAGAUCCAUCUCCUGCGAUUUAUUGCUCCCCUUGUUUCUCCUUUCUGCUACCAGCCUUCGAUUCCUGGCCUGCCUUUCCUCAAGAAGGGGCCUUUGGCAGGCGGGGAGGCUUCUGUCAUGCCAAUAAACAUCCAUCAGGAAACCUUCCAGCCUCCCAUUGGAUUCAACUGACUCUCAGCAGAGCUCCCCAAAUGCAAGCGGCCUGUGCAUUGACCUGGGAUGAACCCCCAAACCGCAGCCAGCCCUAUUCGUUCCUUCGGCUUUGGCAGGGAACAGAAACAAGCUGUUUUCUGUCCCGUUUCCAAACUGCUCCGCUCGCUCUCCGCAGGAAAGGCUGGAUGAGGUCCAGCUUGUUCUGCGGAGCUGAGCUUGCGAGGUUUGCCCUUUGUCCGCCCCACUAGCAGGGGCGGUGGGGCAGGGAGGGGAGGAUGAGACAGUACCCAGAGGGAACAGGGCAGCAGUGCUGCCCUGGGUAAAGAGGGGUGGACAGCAGGACAAGGCGUGUUGUUAACCAGGAGGGAGCUAGGGAAGGUCUCCUUGGUUUGAGCAGGUCUAAGAAAAUUGCCUGAAUUGAAGCCCCCUUGCAUCCUGCUAAUUCCCAGGGCUUCCGAAGGGGAAUGGAGGCCAGCUUCACCCCGCCGGGGCUGUAAUGCUGCUUCAUGGCUUAGCCGGAGAUUUAAGGCUGCACCAUGUUUGUGUGAGUUGAGUCUUGGGAGCUGAGGCUCCCCUGGACAGGGGUGCAGUUGCUGGUUGAACCUAAGGCAGAGGCUGUCCAUGCUUUGCUAACGGAGAAGCCUCUUGGCAAUUUGCAAGUCUUGAUGGUAAACUGAACGGAAAAAAAAAAUCCGCAUGGAGGAUUCUGCCUUCUUUUUUUUUGCUCGUGAUUAAAUGUGGGUCCCUGGUGGGCUGUAGCUCGCUCGCUCCCCUGGCAACUUAACUGUGGCUGAUGGUUCUCAGAUUUUUGUGAAGGUGACAUUAAAGUCUUAAGUAUGACAGAUUCAUUCAUCCUCGCACUGAAUCUCUCCUUGCUGUCAGAGGUGCCUCCUCUUCUUGUAACCGAGCAGUCUCUGGCCCUCUGAAGAGCAGACGGAGAUGCGGGAGAACUUGCACAACGUGCUGUCGCUCAUGUGGAGCUGUCAAAGACCCUCUCAACCAACUCAGCCAGCCUCCAAUUCUCUCAUUUCAGGGACAGAUUAGAAAUGGGACCCAUGGAGUGGCAGAGGGAGGCAGGAGAGACCUCGGGGCGUGGUGGUGGUGAGAGCUGCCCUGGCUGAAGGGCAGGAGCAGGUCAUGGCCACAUUACCUCUUAGUCCGAGCAAGCUGCUGAAUGCAUUCCUCCAUCCGUGUGCUUUGGGAAGGGGUUGUGUUGUUGUAUGUUGUCCCAUAGGGAACCUGCCUGACCUCAGACCGGUUUCCCCAUGACACUGACCGCAAUCUCCUGCACAGGCUUGCGAAACACCCAGGGGCAAGGUUUUCCUUGAAAGCUGUCUAUUUUCAUGCUGCAAGUAACUGCAUUGCAGCCUUGGCACUAUGCGGCUUUUCUUGGGGCUCCCAAAUUUCUGAUUAAAAGUUUCACAGCCUCUUCUCAUGGCUUAUCUGUUCUCCAGAAGCCCUCGCAGGUGAGUCAGCAUGGGUACGGUCCUCCUGUAGCCACACUGCACUGGCAAACAGUAUUUACUCACUGCCUGUGUUUUUUUAUUCUGCAAAGGGUGUGGAUCUCAGUGCUGCCUUUCCUCCCAGCCCUGCCACGGAGGAUUUCUUGAUAAAUCCAGAGAAACUGGGUUCUUGCCCUGUGAUUUUUGGCAAAAGAGGAGGUGCUGCUGGCCGCGGUUGACUCUUGGCAAUGCCAACGCAGUCCUGCUUGUCACGAGGAGUUGCGCAAAUGUGGCUGAUCAAAAGGAGAGAAACACCCGGGGGCUGUUAGGAGGAAGAACCAGGCUCCUGCCUUGCAGCCAGGCAGGUUAGCGAGCCCAGGCUCUAGAGGAGCUGCUGCUCCGAAGGAAGACUGAGCAAAGCGCCCUGGGAUGCCGCCCGGCAGCCGGAUGCCCAUGGCAGGGCUGCAGGUGGGACCACCGGGAGCCCCCCCUUAUGGACCAGCCUCCCCGAUGAGACCCGGCCUGCCGCAGUCGAUGAUGGACCCCUUCAGGAAGCGCCUGCUGACCCCCCAGGCACAGCCGCCGCUGGCCACGCAGAGGAGAGGGGUGAAAAGGAGGAAGAUGGCUGACAAGGUCCUGCCGCAGAGGAUCCGGGAGCUGGUCCCAGAAUCCCAGGCCUACAUGGACCUCCUCGCCUUUGAGCGCAAGCUGGACCAAACCAUCGCUCGGAAGAGGAUGGAGAUUCAGGAGGCCAUUAAGAAACCACUGACGCAAAAGCGGAAGCUGAGGAUUUACAUCUCCAACACUUUCACCCCAGCCAAAGAAGAAGGGGAGGGUGGUGAGCGCGUGGCCUCCUGGGAGCUACGUGUGGAGGGCAAACUGCUGGAGGACCCAAGCAAGCAGAAGAGGAAAUUCUCCUCCUUUUUCAAGAGCCUCGUCAUCGAGCUGGACAAAGAGCUGUACGGGCCAGACAACCAUCUGGUGGAGUGGCACCGGCUGCCCACAACCCAGGAGACCGAUGGCUUCCAAGUGAAGCGUCCCGGCGACGUCAAUGUGAAAUGCACUCUGCUGCUCAUGCUGGAUCACCAGCCACCACAGUACAAACUGGACCCUCGCCUGGCUCGCCUGCUCGGCGUGCACACCCAGACCCGCGCCAGCAUCAUGCAGGCACUCUGGCUCUACAUCAAGCACAACAAGCUGCAGGACAGUCACGAGAAGGAGUACAUCAACUGCAACCGCUACUUCCGCCAGAUCUUUAACUGCAUCCGCAUGCGCUUCUCCGAGAUCCCCAUGAAGCUGGCGGGGCUCCUGCAGCACCCAGAUCCCAUCAUCAUCAACCACACCAUCAGUGUGGACCCCAACGACCAGAAGAAGACGGCCUGCUACGACAUUGAUGUGGAGGUAGAUGAUCCCCUGAAAGCUCAGAUGAGCAACUUCCUGGCUUCCACCACCAACCAGCAGGAGAUCGCCUCCCUGGAUGCCAAGAUUCACGAGACCAUCGAAUCCAUCAACCAGCUGAAGACGCAGCGUGAUUUCAUGCUGAGCUUCAGCAACAACCCGCAGGAUUUCAUCCAGGAAUGGAUCAAAUCCCAGAGGAGAGACCUCAAGAUCAUAACGGAUGUGAUCGGGAACCCCGAGGAGGAGCGGCGAGCCGAGUUCUACCAGCAGCCCUGGGCGCAGGAGGCUGUGGGCAGGCACAUCUUUGCCAAGGUCCAGCAGCGUCGGCAGGAACUGGAACAAGUGCUCGGGAUCCGCCUCACCUAAGGGCUGGCGGGGGCUCGGGAGUUCCUUCACCUCUCCCCGCUGCCCGAGCCUGACGGUACUUCUUACUGGAAUCAAAUACAGCACUUGCACAAACCCUACGUGCCUGGAGGGAGUCGGAGCCACUAGCCCCCCUGGGCUCCCCUUGGCCGGGAAGCUCUAGCCACAGGCAGAGUGCAGCAGAGGGUCCCCCGGUUCCCCUCAAACUCCUGCUGCAGCCCUUCUGCUGCAUUAAUGCCUCCUGCUUUUGCAUCGGGCCGUUCGCCUCUUCCCCAUAGUGCUGAAGGCACAGCCCUCCUGCUUGCUCCCCUCCUCUGGCCAAAAGCCCUUCCUGGAGUUGCUGCCUGGCAGGGAAAAGCUGCCGGUGCUGCUGGGGAGGUGCUGCCUGCGCUGCCUGCCCUGCCAGCCCCUGCCUCCUCUGCCAGCCCUCCCUGAGCCCAGCUGCCUCCAAGGCAGGUCCAGCCCUGCCCCCUCUUCAACCAAAGUUUUGUCAUUCCAAAUGCCAGCUGUCCUCCCCCUCCGCUGGUGCCCGACACGUUUUGCACUAUUUUUGUGAACAGGUUUUAUAAAAAAAAAAAGAAAAAAAGCGUUUUGUACAGUGGGUUUGUAUUUGAUUAAUAUAUUGUGUUCCUCUUCCUGCACUCAUUGCCUCAAUCUAUGCAGUGGUUCGUGGUGUUCUCAGAGGGCUGGCUCGGCCCAAACUGCUCUUUUUAUAUGUAACCAAGUUUUUUAGCGUUAGUAAGUUUUUGACAAUCAGUUGAUUACUCCAGUCCCCUCCCUGCAUAAUUAGCAACUUGUCUUGUGAGGGAUACGAGCAAUAGGAGGUCUCAGGGGGGCAGAGGGGGUGGCUCUGUGUCCUGUGUGCCCCCCCCUCCAGGAGCCUGCAGGCAGUGGGGUCACCGGGGCUGUGAGCAAACUGGAGCUGCUGGGGAGCGAGGGGACCACAGCGCUGGGUGAGGGGACGGUGCCACCACCCACUCAAGUGCCUUAACCCCGCUGCCCCCCUGCCCACAUGCUCCUCAUGGUGCAGCCGGAGCAGCUCUGCCUCUUCCAAGCAGGCGCAGGCGGGGGGGUUUACAUAUUGCAAGGGUGUACGGCUCAGGGGUGCCUGCUCUGCCUCUUGUGUAACCAUUUUUUUGUCUAUUUUGGAUAUUUUCUAAUAAAACC